CUGUGUUUGAAAAGUUUUCUUAUGGCAAAUAAGACCGGAAAUGGGCUCAGCAUGCCGGUGUGCUCGCGCAGUUCGGCAUGGGUGCUCGCUACAUUCAGCAAGAGUCUGUUCGCGCUGUCUCUCGGAAAGGCAGCGCUUAGCCGGCCAGGAAGUCCGCUGUUAGCACCAGCCGCAGGUCAGGCAUCAACAAGAGGCAGCAUGACAGCCACGGGCAUGUCCCAGAGAAUGGUGUGGGUGGACCUGGAGAUGACAGGGCUGGACGUUGAAAAGGACCAAAUCAUUGAAAUGGCCUGCCUUAUUACAGACUCUAACCUGAACAUCCUGGCCGAGGGGCCAAACGUGAUCAUUAAGCAGCCCGACGAGCUACUGGAAGGGAUGUCAGAGUGGUGUAAAGAGCAUCACGGAAAGUCAGGACUGACCCAGGCUGUACGGGACAGUAAAAUCACCCUGGAACAAGCAGAGUAUGAGUUCCUGUCCUUCGUCAGACAGCACACACCACCUGGACAAUGUCCCCUCGCUGGUAACUCUGUGCAUGCAGAUAAGAGGUUCCUGGACAAGUAUAUGCCACAGUUCAUGUACCACCUUCACUACAGAAUCAUCGACGUGAGCACCAUCAAGGAGCUUAGCAGACGCUGGUUUCCAGAAGAAUACAAAAUGGUGCCUCACAAGAAAGCAACACACAGAGCGUUGGAGGACAUCCGGGAGAGCAUCAAGGAGCUGCAGUACUACAGAGCCAACAUCUUCAAAGCAUCAGAGAAGAAUUGCACGAUUGUUGAAAAUGGAGGCAGCAGUAUGAGUUAGCACAUAGAAUGAGAAUAUAGU